UACAAAGCCUAUAGUGUCAUUAUGACUGAGAUCUUACUGUGAAGAUCGUUUUUACGUUGAAAUUUACGAAGCCCAUACUGUCAAUAUGACUGAGAUGGUACUGUGAAAAUACUUACGAGAGGCAAGGUGUGGGAUGAGUCUUAUCAGUAUAUAUGUUGGGUUGAGUGGUGGUGUGAUUCUUCUUCCUUCAAAGGCUUUCAGAAAUCAGCAACAACCUCGAUUUAAGCCUUUGCUUUUGCUUUGUGAGGCUUCACGUCUCCUUGGAUUUUUAUUAACCACAGACUCGCAGAGAAGAAUCGAGUUUAUCACCCUGAGUUCCUGAGCAUUGCCUUCGAAAGCCAAGCUUUCGUGCUUCUUGCGAAGGCAAUUUAGGGCGUUCCGGCGGUAUUCUCGGUGAAAUUUUUCCCACCAGUCAAAAAAUAUGGAUGAGGAGUUGAGAGGACAGGUCUCUGAAGCCAUUUUGGAUAUACUCCGUUCUGCCGAUCUUACUGUGAUGACAACGGCCACGGUUCGGGCAACGGUGUCUAAACAUUUCAACAUCGACCCAUCACUUCCCGAUCUGAAGAUAUUUGUUAAAUCUGUGGUGGAUUCCUUCCUCAAGUCCAAGCAAGGUGAAGAAGAAGGGUCCAACCAAGCUGAAGAAGAAGAAGAACAAGAGAAUACCAGUCACAAAGACGAGUAUACUGCGAACGGGGAUCUCAUUAUCUACCGGCUUACAAAAAAACGAUUGAUUACACUGCAACCAUAUAAUGGGACCACACUGGUCUCAAUCAGAGAAUAUUUUACAAGAAAUGGGCAGGAGCUUCCUACCUCCAAAGGGAUUAGUUUACCAAUUGAUCAGUGGAAAGAUUUGAAGAAUGCCAUUCCUGCAAUUGAAAGGGGUAUUGAAAAACUAGAAUACUAGAUGGUUUCGCAGGAGGAGCAGGAAUGAAGAUUUUUGGUGUUGCAGUCAGACUUAAGCUAGCUCUGUUUUGUGUUUCUUUAAAAAUGUUUUGAUGUACUCUUAUCUUAUCUUAAAUUGGUACUUUUCCUAAGCCUCUUUUGUCUGUUUCUUAAGCUAGCUCUGUUUUUGAACUUUAGGUUUCUAUUGAUCAAUGUGGUAGAUGCUAUAUUGUGCAACUUUGCUCAUUGUCGAUGUCUACUAAUGGUGGUUUUAUAUGCCUAGAUAAAUUAUGCGUUCACUACAACAAUAUUGGC